UGAUCCCGCGGCUCGCCCGGCACGUCUGGGCCCUUCUGCCCACCGUGGCUGCCGAGCUGCAGGGCUCUGCCUUGGGCUGGUGGCUGUAAGGAGAGGGAGGGCUGCGGGAAUAAUGGUUCCGGGGGUCCGCGUUUCCCAGCCGGGAGGCGCGAGUGCUGUGCCGGUUGCGGGGUGAUGCAAUGGCAGUGACCGAGGAGCGGUGAGGAGCGCUGUCGGCUCGGCUGGGCUCGGGCGGGCGGUUAAGUACCUUGUGUCCAUGGAAGAAAAGGGAAAAUACUAGUACCCAAAUAAAACAAUUUCUCCUUUGUGCUCGCUGCUGUUUCAACUCUACAAGCCAAAGAAUUGGAAGACAUUACCUUUAGGUGAAGUGUAAACAGACACAUCUUUUGCAGCCUGGCAAAAUGGCUGAUAGUCCAAACUGUGAUUUGAAAUCUCUGAGUCCGCUUCAGCUGUUUGAAAGAGUAACUGAACAAGGAGAGAAAGUCAGAGCACUGAAAGCAGGAAAAGCACCAAAGGAUGAAAUUGAUGCAGCAGUGAGGAUGCUACUAUCAUUAAAACUGUCAUAUAAAACAACAACAGGACAAGAUUACCAGGCAGGCUUGCCUCCAAGAGACCUCCUGCUAAUAAACAAUGGUACAACUAAAGAAGAGGACGAGGAUUUUGUGGACCCCUGGACUGUGCAGACAUCAAAUGCCAAAGGCGUGGAUUAUGACAAGCUCAUAGUUCGGUUUGGCAGCAGCAAAAUUGACACAGAUCUGAUCAACCGGAUAGAGAGAGCUACUGGGCAGAGGCCUCACCACUUUCUGCGUAGGGGAAUCUUUUUUUCUCACAGAGACAUGGACCAAAUCCUCAGUGGUUAUGAAAACAAGAAGCCCUUUUACCUUUAUACAGGCAGAGGGCCAUCCUCUCAGGCAAUGCAUGUUGGUCAUCUUAUCCCAUUUCUGUUCACCAAGUGGCUGCAAGAAGUAUUUAAUGUUCCCUUAGUUAUACAGUUAACUGAUGAUGAGAAAUACCUUUGGAAGGACCUGACAACUGAGAAGGCGCAUGAGUAUGCUAAAGAAAAUGCAAAGGACAUCAUUGCAUGUGGUUUUGAUGUCAACAAAACCUUUAUAUUUUCUGAUUUAGACUAUUUGGGCUCAAGUACUGGAUUCUACAAAAACAUCCUGAAAGUUCAGAAGCAUGUAACAUUUAACCAAGUGAAAGGAAUCUUUGGCUUUACAGACAGCGAUUGCAUUGGAAAGAUCAGCUUUCCUGCUGUUCAAGCUGCUCCAUCCUUCAGUUCAUCAUUCCCACAGAUCUUCAAUGGCAAGGAGAACAUCCAGUGUCUUGUCCCCUGUGCUAUCGAUCAGGAUCCCUAUUUUAGAAUGACCCGAGAUGUAGCACCUAGAAUUGGACAACCUAAACCAGCCUUACUGCACUCAGUCUUCUUCCCAGCUCUGCAAGGAGCACAGACAAAAAUGAGUGCUAGUGACCCCAACUCCGUCAUCUUCCUCACUGAUACACCCAAACAGAUCAAGACAAAGAUUAACAAGCAUGCCUUCUCAGGAGGCAGAGAUACCAUUGAAGAGCACAGGAAGUACGGAGGGAACUGUGAUGUUGACGUAUCUUUUAUGUACCUGACAUUCUUCCUAGAAGAUGAUGACAGGCUGGAGCAGCUGAAGCAGGCAUACACGAGUGGGGAGCUGCUGACAGGGGAGCUGAAGAAGGUUCUUAUAGAAACAUUGCAGCCCUUGAUAGCAGCUCACCAAGAGAGACGGAAGCAGGUCACAGAGGAGAUGGUGAAGCAGUUCAUGACUCCACGGAAGCUAGCUUUUGACUUUUGAAGGGAUGCAUCUGUAACUUAGCACUUGAGAAACCAAAACUGAGUUAAUUGUCUUCUGUUGUAUGUCAGCACUCCUUAGUUACGUACAGCCUGCAGCCAGGGCUCAAUAAAUACUGCUGUGAAUGAGUUAGUUACAGUGAACAUCAGAGUGCAGGAGAAGUUUGAAAUGGGACUUGGAGCUAUUUAAAACCUGAAGAUACAAGGCAGCCUUGCAGAAAAGCAUGUCUGGCAGCACAACACUCUAUUUAUUGUAUUUCAUGUUGAAAAUAUAAAUAAAGCUGCCAUUUUGAUGCUGAAGCCUCAGUUGUAACUUGUUUUAGAUACAUUGCUCAGAGAUGAUAUCUCUAACUAAUCACUAGUAGCUCCCAUUUUCUUUUGUGCCUUGGUUUCCUGAACUGUGUGUCCUCUUGGACUACUGGGAACAUGCUGCACACAAAAACAUGGUGGAUGUUACAAAGUGUAUUACACAAUGACUUUGACCCAGGAUCAACACAGAAAGAACCAAGAUCCGUGAGGGGAACACGGGAGAAUGAGUGUCAGGCUGCUUUUGCUCUCCUCUUCCUCUUUAACUGAGGGCAAGCUGCCAAAAUCUCACUGUACUUCUGUUUCUGUAGCUGUUUAACUGGUCUGACUGCUCUGGAAGGAGGAAGCUGUCACAGGCUUGUGAAGUUCCUCCCUCAGGUGGAAGAUAGUGUAAGGGUGCAAACUUUAGUUUCCAGUUAUGAGGAAAUACCAAGUGUUGUAUCAGGCUGUGAGGAUGAAGUUGCUGCUGGACACAGGGCGACUUUUAGUGCUGUCUCUUCUCCUUUACUGCAUCAAGUCAUUCCACUGAGCAAAUACACUUUGUUAAAAUACCUCAUGUAAUAUUUCAUUAUCUCCUUUUUUGAACUUCAAUGUCUCUGCUAUGACUUAUGGAAGAAAACUGCCAGUUAUUAGCCACAUUGCUUUAACAUGUACAGUGCUGAAUGCAAACUGCUCAACCUCCCUUGUAUUUGUGCAGAAUAGGAAGCUGCUAGCCCAGACACUUAUCUACAGCAAAUAAAAUACCUUUGAUAACACA